CGGGCGCAUGUGGGGGCGCGCGGCGCGGAGGCGCUGCCCGCGAGGGCUGCGGCGCGGCCGGGAGGCGCUUCUGGCCCUGCUGGCGUUGCUGGCGCUGGCCGGGCUGGGCCCGGUGCUGCGGGCGCGGCGCGGGUCCGGGAUGGCCGAGCCGGGACUCCCACGCACCCCGCGCUCUGGGCGGCGAGACCCGGUUCUGCCGCGGCCGCCGGUGCGGGAGGACGCUCUGGGCGCGCGAGGCGAGGCAGUGCGGCUGCAGCUGCAGGGCGAAGAGCUGCGGCUGCAGGAGGAGAGCGUGCGGCUACACCAGAUCAACAUCUACCUCAGCGACCGUAUCUCGCUGCACCGCCGCCUGCCCGAGCGCUGGAACCCUCUGUGCAAAGAGAAGAAAUACAAUUAUGAUCAAUUGCCCACGACAUCUGUCAUCAUAACAUUUUAUAAUGAAGCCUGGUCCACUCUCCUUCGGACAGUUUACAGUGUCCUCGAGACAUCCCCAGACACCCUGCUAGAAGAAGUUAUCCUUGUAGAUGACUACAGCGAUCGAGAGCACCUGAAGGAGCGCCUGGCCUCCGAGCUGGCCAGGCUGCCCAAGGUCCGCCUGAUCCGCACCAACAAGAGGGAGGGCCUGGUGCGGGCACGGCUGCUGGGGGCUUCCGCGGCCAAGGGCGACGUGCUGACCUUCCUGGACUGCCACUGCGAGUGCCACGAAGGGUGGCUGGAACCACUGCUGCAGAGGAUCCAUGAAAAGGAGUUGGCAGUGGUGUGCCCUGUGAUCGAUGUGAUCGACUGGAACACCUUCGAGUACCUGGGGAACGCUGGGGAGCCCCAGAUUGGCGGUUUCGACUGGAGGCUGGUGUUCACGUGGCACGUGGUUCCCGAGAGGGAGAGGAUGCACAUGCGGUCCCCCAUCGAUGUCAUCAGGUCUCCAACCAUGGCUGGUGGGCUGUUUUCCGUGAGUAAGAAAUAUUUUGAAUACCUGGGGUCUUAUGAUACAGGAAUGGAAGUUUGGGGCGGAGAAAACCUCGAAUUCUCCUUUAGAAUCUGGCAGUGCGGGGGGACCCUGGAGACACACCCGUGUUCGCACGUUGGCCACGUUUUCCCCAGGCAAGCUCCCUACUCCCGCAACAAGGCUCUGGCCAACAGUGUCCGCGCAGCUGAAGUGUGGAUGGAUGAAUUUAAAGAGCUCUACUACCAUCGCAACCCCCAGGCCCGCUUGGAACCCUUUGGGGAUGUGACAGAGAGGAGGCAGCUCCGUGCAAGGCUCCAGUGUAAGGACUUCAAGUGGUUCUUGAAUACUGUGUACCCAGAACUGCACGUGCCUGAGGACAGGCCUGGCUUCUUCGGGAUGCUCCAGAACAAAGGACUAAAAGAUUACUGCCUUGACUAUAACCCUCCCAGUGAACACCAGAUCACAGGACAUCAGGUCAUUCUGUACCCCUGUCAUGGGAUGGGUCAGAACCAGUUUUUCGAGUACACGUCCCAGAAUGAAAUACGCUAUAACACCCACCAGCCAGAAGGCUGUGUGGCGGUGGAGGCCGGAAUGGAUGUCCUCAUCAUGCAUCUUUGCGAGGGAGCCACCCCAGAGGAUCAGAAGUUCAUCUUGCAGGAGGAUGGUUCUUUAUUUCAUGUACAGUCCAAGAAAUGUGUUCAGGCUGAGAGGAAGGAAUUGAGCGACAGUUUUGUACCACUGUUACGAGACUGUACCAACUCAGAUCAUCAGAAAUGGUUCUUCAAGGAACACAUGGUAUGAAGUGUCACUGUACUACGGAGCCCAUCUAGAGGAGAUGGGGGGGAGCCCCUGGACUCCAUGUUUAACAGACUUAGCUAAGCACAGAGACAGACACACCAAAAACUUGGCUGCUCUUCUUUUCAUAAGGAAAUCGUUUUGUGAUUUGUGAAAGUGAUGUUGGCAUUAAUAAAAAUGUGAAUAAGCUUUGUACUGAUUUUGAAAACUUUAAAAUUGUUCCCAAAUACCCUGUUUUCAAAGGGUAGUCAUAAAAUGUUAUCUCUAGGUAUUCAGAGAAUUAAAAGCUUUAACUAUUUUUCUAUCA